AUGCAACAGCUGCAGCAGCAACGUGCGCUGCUAGAUCCAACCGCCGCUCAUCAUCUGCAUCUUCACCAGCAGCAACAGCCGCAUGCUGGAGGAGCUGGUCACGUCCAUCCCGCUCAGACGAUGACCAUUAAUCGAAAGCUGCACGGUGCUGGAGGAGGCCCCACUGGAGGUCUUGGAGGUCUUCCGUUGCCUCCGGUGUACGGUGAUGACAACCCUCCUCCAUUGCCACCACUGCGCAACCCACAAAAAGCGCUCCCACCUGUCUCGACGGUGGCGGGCAGCGAGACAACUGCAGGUGACGCUGUCGCCGGUUCCGACAAGCAGAUCUACAUCUAUUCGACUGCCAAGUAUGGUAAGUACGACCCGAAUGGCAGGACGCACCUACAGCAGCAAGCACACCAGCAGCAACAACCCCAUCCGGCACCGGUGCAAGGCAAGCAUGUUGAUGGAGGUCCUGAGAAGACGAGCGCAGGUGGUAAGAACCCCAACACCACCACAUUCAGCUCGACACCGGCCUCCAACAGCAAGCCACUGCCGUCUAUCAUCAACUGUCCGCUGCCGGAUAUUCCCAAGACCGCUGGAAGCGGCCCGACCACGGUGUUGGCCAAGGACGACAUCUACGUCAAGCGGAAGUUACUCUCGGACCACCCCAACGGUAGCAAGUUCGCGACGUUGAAGCCGAUUCCUGUGCCAAAGAUCGAACCAGGUCAUCUAAACGGGGCUGGCAAGCAGCAUCCAACGAUCAGCAACGGUGCUGUGGACAGUGGACCUGCAACACCUGCCGAUUUGGCAUCGCAAUUGCCACCACCACCGCCUCCACCACCACCGGUGACAGCGAGUUCUUCGGGUUCGUCGGGAGGUUCUUCUGGGUACGGUACAGCUGGACUGACGACGUCCCAAAUCCAAUCGUUACCGUUACCACCUCCACCGCUGGAACUGCUGCAGCAUCAGCAGAAUCAUCACGACGACCAAAGCCUUCGGUUGCCACCGCCACCGACUAGCGAGGAACUGAGAUCGUCGGCUAUGGAAGGAAGCGGCCAUCAGAACGGAACCGGCCCAGGGGGUGGUGCCCAGAACGGUGACACUGGUGCUUCAGACAAGGGUAUUGGUGGCAGCAAUGCAGCACACGGUCACGAUGAUAACAGCUUUUAUGCGGUGACGGAGCUUUAA